AUUACGUCACACUGCGGCAGGUGCGUGAUCACAACACUGCGUUGGUGGAGUUGAGACAUCUUUCAUGAGCCCUCUUGGGCUGACAUUUUGUUCAAGUUUUAGUGACAGUGACACGGCAACCUGAACGGAAAGUUGUUUAACCUAGCGCCCCCUUUGUGGUCCAAAGCCACAAGGGGGGCCGACAUAUUCGGAGGAAAUGUUUGGACCGAGCGAAUCAUCCAACAUGGCCGACAGAUAUGGGAGUCUAUCCUUGAGAAAGCAGGAAGGGCGCCAAAGAGACCAAUAUUUCAAAAGUUGCCACAAUUUACCAAACCAGUUUCAGAAAAGAUCCAAUUGGCAGUGCAAAAGCAGAGUCUCUCCCAGAGAGUUUUUACGGGGAUCUUUCCGCAGAGUUCCAUGAAAACGGCUGCUGCCAAUUUGCGUCGUGAUGCAGCAAUGCGACUGAUUUCAGCAGGAAUUGGCAGAAGGGGGAGAAACUUGCCAUUGUUUGCCUUCGUCUCGGUGGCAUUUUCAACAAAGAACAAUCUGUCAAGUCAAGAGGAAAGGGACAACGUAUUUUCUAAAAUCAGAGAGUUGCAUGAGUCUAAAACAGUAUCUGAGCCGAGCGGAGUGCACAUUCUUGGACUUGAGGAUUUGGACAUUGGACCUUUGAUCGACAAGGGAUGCAAUGCUGCAGUAUACGAAGCACGCCCAAGAGGAAGAAAAGUGGAAGACAUCAGACCCCCUUUUGCAACAAAUGGUAUGACAAUCCAACCACCUGCCAAUGAAUCCAGGAAUGAAACUGCAAACAAGACCGAUCCUGAGGCCUCCCCGAUGUCUCUUGAGUCCAGUCCAGAAAGAGAGGUGGCGCCAGUUGUAUUUGAAGACUCGGACAGUGACUUCACCAUUCUGGAUACAGAAGACAGCCUACCAUUGGAUGAACUCAAACAAAGUCAUGCUUGGUCAUCAGAUGGCGAACUAACCGAUACAGAUCAAGAGAUGAUAGAUGAGUCGGACAGUGACAUCAGCAUUCUCGACUCAUUGGGCAGUAUUGGUCAGGAACCAGGAGCAUUAGACACUGGUUUUGAAGAGUUGGCGCCAAAGUUGUGUGAAGAGAUGGGGCCAACUUUCUUCAAAGAGAUGGGACCAAGCGUGCCUGAAGAAGAAUCUGAUAGUGACAUCACCAUCCUUGAGGUUGAAGAUGACAGCAUUUUGAUAAUGAAGACAUACAAGACUGGCGAUGCAGGUGCGGAGGUAUCAUCAGAUGCAUCUGAGGAGUCUGACAGCGACAUGAGCAUCCUUGAGGAUGAUGGUCCGCCUGGAAGCUGUACGGCUGGGGUGGUGGAAGAGCAUCUGAAGCUGCUGAUGCAAGAUGUGCCAUCAGAUCCUGAAGAUAAAGAUCCCCAGCUAGACGCUACUCCUUCCUGUGAAUAUGACCUAGCCUUGAAGAUGAUGUUCAACUACGACGUGGAAUCAAAUGCAGAAGCUGUAUUGACAGCUAUGGAGAAGGAAGCAGUGCCCAUGAGGAUGACGGAUUUUCACCAGCAACAGGAUUCCUGGCACAAUGGGAACCGUGUGAAGAACAAAACUGUCUCUCCGCACCCGAACAUUGUGUGUAUGCAGGGGGUGUUCGUAGACAGCGUGCCCGAUCUACCUGACAACAGACAGCACUACCCAGCAGCCCUCCCAACAAGAAUUGACCCCAAUGGCUUUGGAAGAAACAUGACCAUGUUCCUCCUCAUGAAAAAGUACACCUGUACUCUGAGAGAGUUUCUGAACAAAGAGUCGCCCAAUAUGGCCACCAGGUGUCUACUGCUGGCCCAGCUGUUGGAGGGUGUGGUCUGCCUCCAGCAUGAUAGAAUCGCUCACCGAGAUCUGAAGAGUGACAAUCUCUUGCUUGAUCUAUCUAAUGGGACAGAAAAUCCCACUUUGGUGAUCAGUGACUUUGGCUGCUGUUUGUGCGAAGACAGCCUGCAGGUCCCCUACAACACCAGUGAAAUAAACAAGGGAGGUAAUGCUGCACUCAUGGCGCCAGAGAUCGCCUGUGCGAGGGUGGGCAAGUCCUCUAUGCUAGAUUACAGCAAGGCAGACCUGUGGGCUGUAGGGGCUCUUGCAUACGAGAUAUUUGGCAAGGACAACCCAUUCUACCGCAGCACGACCAACCCACACCGGCUGGACAGCAAAACGUUCAGGGAGGAGGACCUUCCACCCCUCCCAGAUGAUGUCCCUGUGGCUAUUAAGCAUCUGGUCAGGAACCUUCUCUGUCGAGAUCCUGCAAGGCGACUAAGUGUGGAUGUUGCUGCCACGGUGAUGCAGUUGUGUCUGUUCAUGCCGCAGCAGUGGAUACAAGCUGGAAGAUCAGUCUGCCUGCAGGACAUCCAAGAAUGGGUGGUGCUACUGGCAGCACAACUGACUCUCACCACUGUCUUCGGCCAGGCACACACAGCAGCUUGCGAUGCGCUGAAGAAGACCUUUCUUUCUCGAAUUUCGUACAAGGAUUUGAAGAGUGCUGUUUCGUUUGUUUCAGAAAUUAAUAUUUUGUAGAAGGGAAGGUGUACUAUAUAUUCCAGUGUUUAUUCCAGAACAUAAAUGGUUUUCCUUGGUUUAUUAGUCAGGAUUUGAUACUCAAUCUGAUUUUUAAGAAUCUGAAACCAUUACGAAUGCUUCAAAUUUCUAAAUAUUAAAGGAUGGGACAAAAGUUUAUUAUUUCAUGUGAUAAGAUGUCAAAGUAAUUACCAUGGUACAAGCAUAAUGUUGGCAAAGACUGUGAUAAGUUUAUGAUGAACUGUUAGUAAAAUGUUCUUAAACAGA